AUGGCAAUUGAACUGCUUCCUGAUGCAAAACCCCAACAUGGUCCCAUAUAUAGUCUAGGGCCAAGGGAAGAUGCUGAACAGGAAACCAUUGAGAAGCAGCUCAAAGCAGGAUUAAUCUGCCCCUCUAAGUCCCCCAUGGCAUCACCAAUACUAUUUGUCAAGAAGAAAAAUGGGAAAUUAAGGAUGUGUGUGGAUUACCAGCGCUUAAAUAGCAUGACCAAGAAAAACGUCUACCCCCUUCCCUUGCCACAAAACCUCAUUGAGAAAUUACAAGGUGCUAAGAUCUUUAGUAAAUUUGAUCUUAAGGCAGGUUACAACUUAGUCAGAAUCAAAGAAAGCAAUGAAUGGAAAACAGCCUUCAAGACAAAAUAUGGACUAUUUGAAUACUUGGUUAUGCCUUUUGGAUUAACAAAUGCACCAGCAGUCUUUCAGGACAUGAUGAACAAAAUCUUCAGGGAUCUGUUAGAUGUCUAUGUCAUCAUUUACUUGGACAAUAUUCUAGUAUUUUCUUUGAACAAAAAAGACCAUGAGGCUCACGUCCAAGAGGUACUAAGUAGGUUACAAGACAAUAACCUUUUUUGUAACAUUGAAAAAUAUCAUUUCCACGUCAAGAAAAUCGACUAUUUAGGGUUCAUUAUAUCUGAGUUUGGCAUAGAAGUGGACCAAUCCAAAGUCACAGAUGCCAUGAAUUGGUCAAUGCAUAGGAAUGUCAAAAACAUACAAGAAUUCUUAGGAUUUGUGAACUUUUACAGACAAUUUAUCCCCAACUUUGGCAAUACGGUGCAACCCUUGUAUAAUUUGCUCAAAAAAGACAACCCUUGGAAAUGGGAGUCAGUGGAACAGCAAUCCUUUGAUAGUCUAAAGAAAUGUCUUACCUUGGCACCCCUACUAUUACAGCCAGAUACCACAAAACAGUUCUAUGUAGAGUGUGAUGCAUCAGAUUACGCCACUGGAGCUAUACUAUCCCAACACAACCCUGAAGGAAAAUUAGCCCCUGUAGCAUAUCUAUCAAAAUCCCUGUCUCCAGCCAAGAAGAAUUACGAUAUUUUUGAUAAGGAAUUACUGGCAGUCAUUAGGGCAUUCAAAGAAUGGCGUCAUUUGUUGGAAGGUUCUGAAUUGCCAGUCCAAGUUUUAAUGGAUCAUAAAAAUUUGGAGUAUUUUUCCACGUCUCAAUCCUUAAACAAACAUCAAAUUUGA